UUUUAUAGGCUAAGGCAAUCACGCUAUUAUCAUUAUGGGAGCUGGCCACGAAUGUUUUUGUUGUUUAUGAACUUCUUAGCGACUUCUCUAACACACUUUCGGUGAGCCUGUCGAUAUUUCCAUGGUGUUAUUUUGAGUUUUUUCGGAUAAAUUAACGUAAGGGUUAAUUUUCGCUGUUAAAUUUUCGGAAUUGACUUGAAUACGCGACUCAGGUAUCUUGCUGUUAUCGACAAGAAACGUAAUGGCGAGGGCGCUGAAACCAGACUUGCAGAAGUCGAAAGAAGAGGUAGAGCAUCUGGUUGAGUUUAUGACCAGCAAUGAACAUGACAAGGAGAAAGAAAUUAACCAAAUAUUUGGUGGUGUACAGGGCAUAGCGAGUCUACUGCAAACUUCCACAAAGAAGGGUAUUAUUGCAGUCAGGGAAUCGCUCUCCGAGAGAGAAAGAAUAUUCGGCUACAACAGACUUGGCGGGACGAAUGCUGGCCUCAAGUCCAUCGCGCACUAUUUUCUGUAUGCUAUCACCGACAUUGUCCUUAUUCUAGUCAUCAUAGGCGCGAUUAUUUUAGUCAUUCUUGGAUACUACUAUCCCGAAACAUGCCAAGGUAAAGCUGUCGCAAACUCAGAGAAAUUGGCUUGGAUGGAAGGAGUUGGGAUUUUGGCAACAGUUUUUGUGAUCAUUUUGUUGUCAGCCUUUAGUGAUUUUUUCAGAGACCUGUUCCGGUAUAAUCUACAGAAUCAAGUAGAGAACGAAAGAAAGGCAACAGUGAUUAGGGGAGGAGUGAGAGAAGAGAUCUGCUACAGGGACAUCAAGGUUGGUGAUCUUUGUGAAAUCAAAGCAGGUAGCAUCAUCCCAGCUGAUGGAAUCCUUGUGGAAAUAACCGAGGUCAUCACUGACGAAAGCUGUAUAAAUCGAGGGAAGAGAGUUAUCAAGAGCAAGAAGGACCCUUUUGUCUUCACCAGCACUCAUGUCAUUGUUGGUCAUGGAAAGAUGAUCGUGUUGGCUGUAGGUGGAAAGACCCAAGCAGGAAUACUUGCCCAGAAGCGUACAAAUGAAACAAGGCAGGAAGAUAUCCAGCGAACAAGUCAGACACUACAAGGCAAACUAACACGGGCGUCAGCCAUUCUAGGUUUACUGGGAAUCAUCAUUGGUCUCAUCGUUGCUCUUGUGCUCAUAAUCAGCUUUAGUGUCAAGGUCUACAAUGUUGAUGAUCUUGACUAUGAUCCUAGGCACUGGAAUGAUUUCCUCAAAGCCAUCAUCAUUGGGUUUGUUAUUAUCAUUGUUGCCGAACCAGAGGGAUUGCCGAUGGCUGUGACAAUCACUAUUUCGCGCUCCUUGGGCUACAUGCAAAAGAAGAAUAUUUUUAUACGAAAUGACGAGAUCCUUGAGACCAUGGGGAAUGUCACAACGAUGUGCUGCAACAAGACAGGAGUUUUGACCACUGUUAGUAGCUUGCCAAUGAAAGAAGAGGUGAAAGAGAGUUACAUCAAUGGGCAACAUUUGCGUGGUGACGCUAGUGACUAUAAGAUAAAGAUACCCGAGAAAAUUAUCGAUGAAUUGGCUAAUGGUAUAGCCAUUAACACCAGCUAUACAUCGAACAUACAGUUUUCAGAUACAGAUGGCACGAUCAUAGCUGUUGGUGACAUCACAGAGUGCGCCCUCCUUGAGUUCGCUGACGAUCUCGACGCCAGUUAUCGCCACAUCAGACGAGUGUAUUCAGAAGAUACCUUCUUCAAGGUCUUCCCAUUUGAUCCUGACCUCAAAUUCAUGACAACCGUUGUCCGACAAGACAAGGAAAAUUUCAAGAUCUAUAGUAAAGGUGCACCUGAAGUAAUGCUUGAUAAAUGCACACAUAUCAUGACGGCAGAAGGCGAACAACCGUUAGACACUGAACGAAGCCAACGAGUGCAAGAUGUUGUCGAAGUCAUGGAAACUAAGAGUCAACUGAAAGUGAUUUGCCUUGCAAGCAGGACACGAGAGGAAACAAGUACUGAUGAUACUGAGUGGAGCAGUGAGGAAGUGAACUCGAAAUUUACUCUGGUAGCGGUUAUUGGAAUCGAGAGUACAGUGGGUCAGAAGAGCGCUGGUAACCGUAUGGUUGUGUCUGAAGGUAGAUUGAUUUCGAAAAAUACGUUUGGAGGCUACAACCUCGCGAGACAAUUGAGGGAAUACAAGAAGUCUGUGGAAGAUGUUCUGAUUGAAGAUUUUAUUAGAGGUGUAGCGGUCAAUACAGACUACUUAUCCAAUAUACAAAACGAGGGACCAGAUCAUCUCCCUCAGCAGGUUGGCGAUCCUCAGGAUUGUGCACUUUUGCAAUUUGUACUCGAAUUAGGCAAGACGUAUCAGCAUUACAGGGAUGAGCACCCAUACGAGAAGCACGUCCUAUACAAAAGCUUUGCCAAUGAUCCCCCAAAUCAACAGUACAAUGCAACAGUGAUUAGGCUUUCGGAUCCAGAGACGUAUAGGGUUUAUGUAAGGGGAGGGAUUGGCUUUGUGCUGAACAAAUCCAAACGAAUCCUUCAUAACCAUCCUGAUGGCGCGAUAGAUCUUGAUGAUACGCAAAAAUAUAACAUCAGAAGUGCUGUUGAAAAGAUGGAGAAAAGAGAUGUAUUCCCUGUUGCAUUUGCUGUGAAAGACAUUGAAAUCAAAGCUAACAGCGGUACACCAGACUGGAGCAACAAGGAUGUCAUCUUGUCCGACCUGAUGUUCGUUGGUUACUUGGGGCUCAAGGAAACGAUAAGGGGAGAGGUAGCCAAUGCCAUCGAAGAAUGUCAAAAAGCUGGACUACAAGUUACUAUGGUAACGGGAUCAAGCUUACAAUCAGCAGGAGCCUUCGCCAAGAAGUGCGGAAUUCUUCAGCCCACCAAAAAUUGGCCAGUCAAAGAGAACAGUGUAUUCGGUAUGGAUAUCCAAGCCUUUGAUAAGGAAACCCUUGGUAACUCAGGGAAGAUUGAUCAAGGCAAGUUUGACAAAAUUUGGCCCGACAAUCUACGUGUGUUGGCUAACUGCCCUCCAGGCAAAAAACAGUCGAUAGUGGAAGGAGUCAAGGUUAGCAGGCUCAAAGAAAACGGCGAGGUGGUGGCCGUGGUGGCUUCUGGGAUACAUGAUGGACCUUUCAUAAGAGAAGGAGAUGUGGGGUUGUCAAUGGGUGUUAGCGGAUCCAAUGUAGCCCAAGAGGCAGCAGACAUCAUCCUUAAGACGGACAACUUUAGUGGCGUCCUGGAAACAAUCAAAUGGGGCCGACACAUUUACGAGACGGUUCUGAAGUUCUUACAGUUUCAGUUCACUGCAACAUGGGUUACACUGAUCGUCUUGUUAGUCGGUGCCAUUGUCUUUCAGAAAAGCCUGUUUUCAGCUGCUCAACUUCUUUGGCUUAACCUUAUCAUGGAUGCUCUGGCAUCUAUUGCUCUCACUGGCGAUAGUCCAUCACGGUCCAUCCUUCGCCACAAGCCAUACGGUCGGGAUAAACCUCUAAUGUCACGAUCCAUCCUAAGAAACAUCAUUGGGCACUGCAUCUAUCAAAUCGCCGUGAUCUUCAUCAUUAUAUUCCUAUUUGCAGGCUUUACAGAUACUAAAGAUGGAUACACUGAUAAAAACAUUUGCGAACCCAGCCAGCAUGCCACAAUGGUGUUCACCACCCUCAUCUUCAUGCAACUUUUCAAUAAGAUAAACUGUAGACGUGUGGAAGACAGGAAUGUGUUCUGUGACAAGGAUGGCCGAUUCGAUUGGGUCUUUCUUCUUGUUAUUCUCUUUUGCUUUGGUAUUCAGAUCAUCAUCGUCUUUUUCUUCCACAACGCCUUCCGCGUUCGUCCCAUGGAUGCACAACAGUGGUUAUGGUGCCUCUUUUUUGGUUUCUCGGAGCUGUUCUGGGGUCAAAUCGUCUUUACUAUUCCUAAGAAUGUCAUCCCCAGGAAGAUGCGUUGCUGCAGUAGGGGUGUGCCCCCAAAACGAUCAGGAUGUUGCUUCUUCUUCAGGGGGAUCAGGAGCAGAGAGGAGGUUGACGCUCCAGCCGAAUUUUACGGAAUUGGAAGCCAUAAUCCAAGACAACCGAGGAAUCCCGUUGGCCCUGAACGAACAUGAAGAAGACCGUUUCUGAUACCGAAACCACAAGAUAAAUUCUUUGAUGAAUAUAAAGGGAAAAAUCAAAAAAUUACCUUGAAGUAAUGCUACGAUAAUACAAAUAGUAUUGGUCAAUAUUGAUGACUUGCAUUUAAUUUGUUUGAAUGUUGACAAUAGUCCCCUUCCCUACGACAUCUUGAAAGGUAGCAUUGCCCUUGCAUCGAAGCAAGACCAACGGUGAGCUUGCAAUAAUAGAGACCCUUUUUUAACACCUUGGACAAUUAUUCACGUCUCUAUCAUUACAAGUUCACCGUUCGUCUCGCUUCGAUGCAAAGACACGGUUCCCUUUAAGAUGGCGCCGGGAACCAAAGGGACUAUUUUUUACUCGAUAGCCGAUCUGAUGAUUAAGCACCUUAAGACAGUUUCGCAUUAUUUUUGCUGUUUAUACAUAUCUUAUAUAUUUUUAUAACUUUUUUUAUAUGUAUCCUGCACAAAUAAUAGCACAGAAUGAAUCGAAUCAUGUGCGAUAUAGUUGAGACAACCAAGUCUCAAACUUUCCACAUACAUUUAUAAUAGUGUUGCAAGUAAUAGUUUUGUUGUUGUGUUUCCAAUUCCACGUGGAACCAAUGUUAUUUGCGGUAAAGAGAAGCGGGGAAAACAGCACAAAAACGAAAUACGAGAAAAUAUAUGUUGCGCAAGGAGUGAACGCAAUGCAGUUGUGCAACGCAAAGAUUUUGAUAAAGUUACAUUCACGCCUAUAGUUAGUCAUUGUCAACCUGCACUCUAUUAGAAAGAAGCCAAAUGCAGUAUUGGUUCAUAUCCAAUAAAACCAAGUACGACAAAUAAUACACAAAAACCGCAUCUAUUAUUGAAGAUUUCAAAGGAAUCCAAAGAGAAGCACGUUUAGAUUGUCGGGCUUACGUUAAACGAAAAUUGUGGUCUCUUUUUGUGUCUUGUCGAUGACUGAAGGGAAACUAUUUUUACUAAAUUCGGCGAGCAGCUCCCAAACGAAUAUAUCUUUGGUUAAAAGGAUUAAUAAUUCAAGUUUUAGUUCAGAAAACCGACAAACAAAAGCGUGUUUCUUAAAAUAAAUCAUAGGCAUUAAUAAAACAAGACGGUACCGUCUUCCAUGACAACUUAGGUUCUAUUUUUUAGAUAAAUGUCAUGGAUAAAGCUACGUAUAUAAAACCACCUCAAUGUAAUAGGUUAUUAAAACAAACAUUAAUGUUAAAUGUAGAUUGUUAGUAAACUGGAGAAAGUAAUGAAAAAUAAACAAGUUGGUAAAACUG